CGAAUUCGCCAAGGUGGGGCUCGGCAUGUCACACGAUUGUUCGACUUGAUUACGACUACAGUCGUCCAGUGCCGUUCCCCCAAAAAACUGGGGCCCUGCGCGCAUCUUGGUGUAUGGCUUCCUGGCCCCAUUUCACAAAAAAUUCAGUGUUUAAACGCUAGAACUCAUGAUUGGCUCGUUUUGGAACUUGUGCCGUGCUUGCCCUUCGAUGCCUGUCGAUAAGCUUCACUCCGAAUACAGAAGCACAUAUCGAUGGCAUGAAUAUACGGGGCCCAGACAAGAAGUCGUUAGGAGACCGCCUCAAACUAAUGUUUCUGAAAAAACUAACGAUAUAAAUGAAGCUAAAAUUAACGAAGAUGACUUCCAUGCUUCCGAAACAAUGCAUAAGCCGGAACCUGCCAUGCCUAGAAGAAAAAAAUAUCCAGAUUUAGCCUACCGACACACCGAGUUCAUAUCCAGUGACCGUGCGAAUGAUUUUAAUAGUGCAGAUAGGGCUAGGUCGGAAGAGCGAAAUGGGUCUGAAUGGAAACCCUCGAGACGUAGCAAAUCGGAAGGACCUGCGCGGAAUGCAAUCCAGGUCGAUGGCACUGUAGAGGGGGAGCGGGAACGACGGCGGGAAUCCGAUCCUGAUAUGGAAAACACGAACACGGGAAAAGACGGCAGUCUUUUAAGAAAAGCUAUUUCAAAAUUAAGUACUGAAUAUAGACUGCAAUUUGCUUGGCCUCAGGGACACACUUCACGUCGAGAAGCUGCUGGGUCAACGCCACGUAAGAGCCAUUCUAUGGGAGCUUUGAAGGCACGAGCCCAAGCCAACGCCAUGGUUCAAAAGAAUAGGAUUCAUCUAGAAAAUAGAGAUGCUAGUGAAUUGGAACCAUUGGUAGACGACAAGAACAAUCGAGAGAGAUGCCGAGAAGAGUUCAACACGGAAUAUAAAAAGAAGUUUAGACCAUUUUCCCAGUACGAAUAUACCGAGAGAGGAUUUUCGUCAAAAGGAGUCGUCGACCCGAUAGAAGAAGUUCACAAAAAUCUUACCGAAAACGAUAAAAAUGCUUCCUGGUACAAGGAAGUUGUAGAGCUGCGCAAGAAAGCUGGAGAAUACAAGCACCGCGGUUGGGGAAGUGAACUGGCACCAGAACGUCUUAGUGAUAUUUAUAACAAACAGAUAGAGCUGUGGAAUCAAGUCUCUAGACGAAGUUCUUUAUCAGCUUUAUCUCUAGCUUCCAUGCCUCAUAAGAAUUUUACCAAAGAAGAGAAGGAGGAUGAUAAUAAUAGAAAGAGUUCUCCAACUAAAGCUUAUAGGAAUGCCGAAAAUUCUGCCAGGAUGAUCAGAGACAUUAUACGACAUCAUUUAGAAAGGACAACCGGGGGUUCAGAUUUGGAUGGAUUGAUCCUUUCCCCAACGAGGGAAAAAUUGGAGCCUACGAUUCCCAGAAAAGAUGACGACUCAAGAGGAUCUCAGAAGAAUAGCCCUAAGAAGAGUUCUCCAUUAAAGUCAUCAUCAUUGAAGAGGACUAACCAGAAAACCAAACAAGGUGGGCCAAAGAAACUUCGAUCUCAGUCAGUAGGGCCGAUCACCGAGAAUAAUGUAGAAAAACGGUCACCAAAACGUCAAUCUAGAUCUACUACAGCCAAAGAAGGAAGAAAAUCGUCAAGCGAAACACCUUCGAGUAAAAGACCAAGACCUUCAUCCCUCAACACCACUGUUUCAUCCCGAUCUAAAUCCACUUCGGUAGUAACAAAACACGAAGAUGAUAGAUUGGCCAAACCGUUGCAAACCCAAAAAAGUAUAGAUUCAUCUAAGCAAAAUCAAAAAGUAGCUACUAAAGAUAGAAAAGGAGUUAAUGAAGCUGAUCAAACAAAAACCGAUACUGUGGAAAAUAAGGAUAAUUCUACAAACGAAGAAUACGACAGUUUAACUUAUGAGCCCGUCAUUAAAUCGCCUCCAGAGCCUACAAGAGUCAAAUCGCCUGAACAGAUCAUAAUGCGUUCCCCUGAUCCAGUAAAUUGGACAGUGCCUUUGGAUACCGGAAAAACAUUUACUGUUACCCAAAAUGUUCGAGAAGGGGAUAUUGGAAGUAGACCCCACAGUGAAGUCAAAGUCUGGACUCCACCAGAUAUACCACCACCUGUGGCUCAGUCAGCUCCUCCAACCCUGACGGAACAAACUAAGGAACCAGCAGGCUUGUCUUAAUACGACCUGAGUUCUGCUUCCAAUAUUUGAUUUGAUUAUAUUGCUUUAGGUAUUGAUUUUUCAGCAGAAGCUAGAACUCGGGCGGAUGUAAUGCCAUCAUAGCACAGGAGACCUUCGUUAUUUUACCAGAGCCUAGGAAUUAACCAGAAUAUUGGAAACAUCAGUGAGAAUUAGAAAUAUAAUUGAAGACUUAGAAAGCCCGCAAGACUCCUAACAGGGUAGUAGGCAGAACUUUCGAUACCUACUUUUAUCAAAUAACCAUUUUUGUGAACGACACCGUGCUACAUCUUUGUAAAGACCAACUUUAAUAUAAAAAUGUAUCAUGGUACCUAUUAAUUAGUCAAACGCAGGAUUUUUCUUUAAGCAACCCACAGCUGUGAAGAUCUUUUUAAUAAAGAGAGUAAACAUUUCUAAAUAAAAAACAUUUAACGUUUGAUCCAACAAUAAGGCACCGAGAACUUUUGUUUUCAAUACUUCCACAAAAUUUGACGUGCUGGGAGAAAUCUGGCAAUACUGCCUUACGCAUCAACUAUCCCUCUCUCUCACUCCAUCACUCAGACUUCGCUGCAUUGCUCAAUGCCGGCAUAGUAGCCUUCGAAGAUGGAGCUCCCUAUCAUUGUUCCUGUCAGAUGCGAAAUUCGUGUUUUGGUACGUUUUUUAAAUUCAAGAAUGUGAAGACACCAAGGAAUCGACAUUUUCCCUCAUGGAAUAACAGUUAACUUUGACAGCUAUUGCGAGAUAUUAAAAUAGUGAGACGUGUGCCCUUACAGUACGACCUUCCUGUCCCAAAAGACGAUUGCCAUGACUUUCCCAGCAAACUGCGUUUGUUUACACUUCAUCGACUUCGUGACGUCAUUCACGUGAUGGCCACCCUAUUUCGGGGGUAAAAUGAAACACCCAUGUGUCGUCACCUAUAAAAAUGAAAUCCAAAAGUUCUUCCUUUUUGUCUUCAAAUUGUUGCAUUUAAAAAACGUACCACAGCACGAAUUUCGCAUCUGUCGGUAACAGCGAUCGAGAACUCCAUCUUCGAAGGCUUCUAGGCCUGAGUGGUGGGGUGAGAGAGAUGAAGCGUAAGAUAGUGUUGCCAGAUUUCUCCCAACACGUGGUAUUCUUUCUCAGCGACGACGUAAGGAACUUUUUUCCGAAUGACCCUCAUAUUUUACUAUGUGUGUACACUUUAAAGUCUCUAACUGAAUAGGUUGAGGAAUUGGGAGCUAUUUGUCUCAAGUUAGUCAUGCAGAAUUAUUAUGUCUGUAUUUUUUAAUUUAUGUAGGCAAAUUUAUUAAAUACGUAGAACUCAUACCCAAAUUGACAACUAUACACAAUUCAUCAUCCCAUCCUACACAACAAUUAGCAGCCUACCAUAACAUGUUACAUAGAUUGACAGAAAUUCCCAUGUCAAAAAUAUCUUCGAGAUAGAAUUGAACAUCAUUAAGCAAAUAACAGUAAGCGAUGGGUACAACGAACAAAUAACAAAAUUUUAAACCAUAAACUGCAUAAGAAAGCCCUGAAAUUAAUCUUCCCACCAACACAGAAAAAACCAGUUCCUUCUACUCUAUCACGUAUGCAGGAAAGAUAU